AUAAAAUAGCAUUGAGAAUAAAGGAGGAUUUACUUUCAACUUAGAGUGACAUUUGGCAAACAGUAGCUGGGAAAAUUAAUCUCUACAAAGCAGAAGCAACCAUGGGGUGCAUUAAAAGCAAAGAAGAUAAAGGUCCAGCCAUGAAAUACAGAACUGAAAAUGCUCCAGAACCUGUUAUUUCCCACGUCAGCCAUUAUGGAUCAGACUCCAGCCAAGCAACACAGUCACCGUCAGUAAAGGGAUCAGCAGUUAAUUUUAAUAGUCAUUCCAUGACUCCUUUUGGAGGGCCCUCAGGAAUGACACCCUUUGGAGGAGCAUCAUCCUCAUUUUCAGCUGUGCCAAGUACAUAUCCUAGUACUUUAACAGGUGGUGUUACUGUAUUUGUGGCCUUAUAUGAUUAUGAAGCUAGAACUACAGAUGACCUUUCAUUUAAGAAAGGUGAACGGUUCCAGAUAAUAAAUAACACGGAGGGAGACUGGUGGGAAGCAAGGUCCAUUGCUACGGGAAAAACAGGCUACAUCCCAAGCAAUUACGUAGCUCCUGCAGACUCCAUUCAAGCAGAAGAGUAAGAUAUUGUACCCUGUCAAUCUGUUCUUAUUAUCCAUUCCAUUCUUUGUGCCCUAUGGUGAUACUAUUCCUUUAAUUUGGUAUAUGUAACAUUUAAGGGUAAAGUAGGAUAAUACUACUAAUUAAGACAGCAAUGCUACUUGGAUGAUGUCAAAAGGUAUAAUUAUAAGUAAGUGUGAGGUGGACACUCAUGCAAACGUUUUAUGCCUGCUUGCUAUAAGUAGGGCUAAAGGAAAAAGGAUGG